AGGUGGAUCAGAGGUCCAAGAGGCCACUCAGCUGCAAACAGAUCGCUCUGAGGAAACGAGGCACCUGACACAACAUGGCUCGGCUAACGCUCCUCACGGGUCUGUCCCUUCUGUUGUGCCUUCAAAUAGUGUCUUCACUGAAGCUGGUGUGCUACUUCACCAACUGGUCCCAGUACAGACCAGGUGUUGGCAAGUAUCUGCCUGCCAACGUAGACCCCAACCUCUGCACACAUCUGAUCUACGCCUUCGCAAUCGUGAGCCCCACGAACGAGCUGACGACCUACGAGUGGAACGACGACAUUCUCUACAAAGCCUUCAAUGACCUCAAGCACAGGAACCCUGAACUGAAGACUCUGUUGGCUGUUGGUGGGUGGAACUUUGGAACAGCACAAUUUACCAUCAUGGCUUCGUCCCCUGCUAAUCGCCAGAGGUUUAUCCAGUCCACGAUCAAAUUCUUGAGAUUCUAUGGCUUUGAUGGAUUGGACCUGGACUGGGAGUACCCUGGAGCACGAGGAAGCCCGCCAGAGGACAAGAAAAGGUUUACGGUGCUCUGCCAGGAAUUACUUGCUGCCUUCGAAAAAGAAGCUGCUGAGACCAGGAAGCCGCGACUGAUGCUCACGUCUGCAGUGGCUGCUGGGAAGGCAAACAUUGACAACGGCUACGAGAUUCCUGAAGUGUCAAAGGUGUUUGACUUCAUAAAUGUGAUGACCUAUGACUUCCACGGAGCGUGGGACUCGCACACAGGCCACAACAGCCCUCUGUUCCGCAGCCCCGAAGAUCAGGGCGACCACGUCUACUUCAAUGUGGAUUUUGCCAUGAAGUAUUGGAGAGAUCAAGGCGCUCCCGUGGAAAAGCUGAUUGUUGGUUUUCCGACGUACGGACGCACGUUCCGCACUUUAUCAGCAGCCGACGGACUCGGGGCGCCGGCCAGCGGUCCGGCCUCCGCUGGACCCUACACCCGGGAAGCAGGAUUUUGGUCCUACUAUGAGAUCUGCACUUUCCUCCAAGGAGGCAGUGUUCGCUGGAUUGAUGAACAAAUGGUUCCCUAUGCCAUUAAAGGCAAUGAAUGGGUUGGAUUUGAUAACAGGCAAAGCUUUGCAAUCAAGGCACAAUUUGUGAAAGAUUACAAUUUUGGAGGAGCCUUCGUCUGGUCUCUGGACCUGGACGACUUUGCAGGACAGUUCUGUGGACAAGGGCCCAACCCUCUGAUCAGUUACCUGCGCUCCCUUUUGGAUUCAGAUGUGCCCCCACCCACGCAUCCACCAGUGACUACCACUAAACCAGUUACUACAAAUACUACAUCGACCACUGGCAAAACCACCACCACUGGUAAACCCAGCACUACAACUGAGUCUGUAAGUGGUUUCUGUGCCGGGAAAGUAGAUGGGCUCUACCAGAAUGACGAGGACAGGAACACGUUUUACCAGUGCAACAGCCAAGACACACACCUCCACAGAUGUCCCAUUAAUCUAGUUUUUAGUGACAGCUGCAAGUGCUGUGACUGGCAAAACCAAGCUGCUUGGCUCUCCCAUUUACCAGUAGUGAGAGCUCAUCGAAGCACAAUUACCAUGAUCAAGCUGAUUCUAACUGCAGGUCUCUGCCUUUCACUGGUCGGCUUGGGUUCACCCUCCAGACUGGUGUGUUAUUUCACUAACUGGUCCCAGUACAGACCUGGAGAGGGGAAGUUUAUGCCUGUGGAUAUUGAUCCGAACCUGUGUACACACCUGAUCUACGCCUUCUCUGGCAUUAACGACGUCAAUGAACUGGUCACUAUUGAGUGGAAUGAUGAUCAACUCUACACGUCCUUUAAUGGACUCAAACAGAGAAAUCCAAAUCUUAUAACACUGUUGGCAGUGGGAGGCUGGAACUUCGGGACACAAAAAUUCACUACAAUGGUGUCAACACAAGCCAACAGAAACACCUUUGUCCAGUCUUCCAUCAAACUACUGAGGAAAUACGGCUUUGAUGGGCUGGACCUGGACUGGGAAUACCCCGGCGCACGGGGCAGCCCUGUGGAGGACAAGCAGAGAUUCACUGUGAUAUGUCAGGAACUCCUGGAGGCCUAUACGGCCGAAGGAAGAGCAUCCGGCAAGCCCCGGUUAAUUAUCUCUGCUGCUGUUGCUGCUGGGAAAGGAACCAUCGAUGCUGGAUACGACAUCGCAGAGAUGGCAAAGUACGUGGAUUUCAUUAAUGUGAUGACGUAUGACUAUCAUGGCUCUUUUGAUACAGUGACAGGACAUAACAGCCCCUUAUACAAAGGAGCCCAUGACACCGGCGACAAUGUUUACUUAAAUACUGACUUCUCUAUGAGGUUCUGGCGGGACAAGGGAGCCCCUGUAGAGAAACUAAACAUGGGGUUUGCCACAUAUGGACGAACGUUUCAACUGUCGACUCAGUCCAGUGGCGUCGGUGCACCGACCAGCGGUCCCGCUGCUGCUGGUGCUUUUACAAGGGAGGCUGGCUUCUGGUCCUAUUAUGAGAUUUGCCCUUUUCUUCAAGGGGCGACUGUCACCAUGAUGGAGGAUCAGAAGGUUCCCUACGCCACCAAACUAAAUCAGUGGGUUGGAUACGACAGCAGAGAAAGUUUUGAGACUAAGGUGCGUUACCUGAAAGACAACGGAUUUGGAGGAGCCUUUGUCUGGGCUCUGGAUCUGGAUGAUUUCAAAGGACAGUUCUGUGGACAGGGAAACUACCCCCUCAUCAGCCACAUUCACUCUCUUUUGACAGCUGCUCCUUCCACUACAGAAUAUCCUUUGACUCCAGAGCCGAAAGUGACUCAGUCUACAAACACAGACCAAGUGCAAGCAACAGCUGCCCCGGGACGUACUUCAUCAGCGCACGACAACUUCUGUGCCACAAAGCCUGGUGGGCUCUAUGUCAAGCCCAAUGAUCCACAUUCAUAUUACAGCUGUGGGCAUGGCCGCACCUGGGUCAUGCAAUGCCCAGCAAAUUUAGUAUUUCGAGACACGUGCAAGUGCUGCGACUGGCCCCCCAUUGUCAUGUAGGUCACGGGCUGUGAUUACUGUUAUUCGUCUCAGAGAGAAGUUAAUAAAGUGCAUUCAGUAGUUUGGUAAAUGGUUAUUACCUUCUCUUACUGGUGGUAUGAUGCCACUUCCUGUCUAGGUUCAGUUCCUGUGUAAUCACUGUCAUCACCCACACCCAUGUCAUCAGUUCCCUGUUUCAUGCGGUGUCCUGUCCCCAUUAACGUUCCUCUGUUUUAUGUUCUGUUCCUGUCUAUCUAGUUUCGUUUGUCUGCCUUUAGCAGUCCCUGGCCUCACUAGCAGAGCCACACGAGCUGAGUUCAUCUAAAAUUAGUAAACUACGUUGAUCAAAAGCAUUUACAUCUUAUUGUUUAGGAAACUCAUGCAACAGCAAUGCUGGAAUCCUGGAUUCUUAUUUUCCUCAAACAUCCUCAUUUCAUUCAUUUUUACUGCCCUCAACACGCAGGUAGACAAUGUAGGGAGUUGCCUCAUGCAUCGCCAUCAUGUGGGAGUUGGUGGACAGGUUAAGCUCACGUGUGUGUGUGUGUGUGUGUGUGUGUGUGUGUGUGUGUGUGUGUGUGUGUGUGUGUGUGUGUGUGUGUGUGUGUGUGUG